GUUAAUGAAUUUUCGUCAUAAGAUCACACGACCAUCCUGUUUCCAGGUAAAUCCGGCAGCGAGGCUGAUUCUAGAAUUUGAGGCCAUCGUCUCUCUCUCUCUCUCUCUCUCUCUAGAUUUGAGGGGUGCACUGUGCAGAGGUCUGCAUCAUCUUUCAUGGGUUCCAUCCUCGGCGACUUGCCGUCGUUCGAUCCUCACAACUUCAGCCAUUUCAGGCCCUCCGAUCCCUCCAACCCUUCUAAAAUGACGCCUACAACCUAUCAUCCCACCCACAGCAGGACUGUUCCACCACCUGAUCAAGUGAUAACUACUGAAGCCAAAAAUAUUCUGAUAAGAAAUUUCUAUCGGCGUGCCGAAGAAAAGAUGAGACCAAAACGAGCUGCCUCUGAAUUUCUUGCACAAGAACCAGGAUGCAAGCAACCGAGGGCUUCCAUGACCACCUCAGAUACCCCAUAAUGAGCUUCUACAUCGGGGAUUGCGACAUGAGAAGUUCAGCAGUCUCCUCUCAUUGAGUGUAGAUAUACAGCUGUAAUAUCAGACUGGUGUGUAGGCUUCGCAUAUACCUAUUAAUGGUAUGUCGUUGCUGAUCUUGUGUCUGUUAUUCGUUGAUGCUAGUUGGCUUUCUGUGAAGAGAGUGUCUUUUGGGACAUGCGCAGCCUCUCCCCAUGUACAUUGGAAAUAAUAGAUACUUUAUUUUCACUA